AUGCUUGCUCACUCGCUCAUUCUUCGAGCAGAGCAACUUGUUCGAAGAAGUUUCCGAGUGCGCCCCGCGCGAGCGGCGCUCUUUCCUGUGGAGUCUGGGGCUCUCGCGAUUGCAACCUCGCAGCUCCGCUGGUCUUCUGAGGCAUCACAACGCAAUGCAGUUGGAAAUGCAUCGCCUUUCGUAGCAAAGUCGUGUGACGCCCUGGAUGUUGUGAUGAACAAAAACAGGGAGCUCCGCACCCUUCUAAAGACAUUAAGCUGGCCACAGUUGAUGUCCUUUGAAGCACAUGGCAAGACAUACAGCUUGCCUUGUCAUCAAGCAGAGCUGUCCUCACACGCUGGAGGCCUGUCCGUGCCACGUAGAUUGAAGUACUUGGCUGGCUUCUUCGAUGGCGAUGGAUGUGUUCGUCCCAAUGGUUUGUCUGGGUGUUCUUUGGCGAUAGGCCAGUCUAUCAAUCAUGCUGGGGUCCUCCUGUUGUUCCUCGAUAUGUUCGGCGGGCGUGUGCGUCGCCACACUCCCGGAGUUGGAUUGUGCCGGCCGAUGUUGAGAUGGGAAGUAGGUGGCCCCAACGCUAGCCACGCUGCCCGCCUUCUAGCACCAUAUAGCAUCGUCAAGAGGCAGCAGCUGCGCCUGGCAGGUGCAUGGCCACAGGACAAGCUCCGAAGGCAACAAUUCAAUAAGGAGUUGCAAGGCUUGAAGCGGUGCGACUCUGCAGUGGUGGGCCAUUGUACUAUGGAGUACAUUGCUGGGUUCUUCGAUGCAGAAGGGUAUGUGCAGCAGCAAGCUACCCGAACGAGUCUUUCUUUGACAAUUAGCCAGAAAUACGUCACGGUACUUGAGUGCUUGAAAGACAGCUUGGCACACUGCCUCAGUCUGGAUGUUCAGAUUUAUCCUUUGGAUUCCAGCUACCGUUUAGUCGUAUCCCGAACUUCUGCUUGCAAACUGUUGCUGCAAGAAAUGCUGGCAGCAGGCCUGUUCUGCAAAGCACAGCAAGCAGAACUUGCCCUAAGCCUGGUUCCUCAGAAUGCAACGCAGGUACGUGAAGCGUUGGCAGACCAGGUCGGCAACCAAAACUUUGGCAAGAGGCUUGACGAGGACGGUUCACGCAGAGCUCGAGAGAUUGUUUCCGCCAACCGGAAGGCGGCACGCUUAAAACGAAGAGGAGAGUUGUGCCAAGCGGAGUCCAAGUUGCACGAGGCUGAAGUCCUCAAGCAGAAGCACAAACUGCUCAAGGCGCUCCACGAGAACCAGCAGCUCCAUGACUACGCGUGCAAGCUUCGAAGUGUGCGACGCUUGCCGACCUCCGAGCCGCAGGUUGCAGAGCCAAAGGAAAAGUGCCUGCACACAUAA